AUGGAUCUUUUGCACCCAUUAAGAGUGCCACCAAUCUACGGUGUUCCCCUUGGUGGUAUCGGUUGCGGAACAAUUGGCCGUUGUUUUAAGGGUUCAUUCCGCCGAUCAGGUCUUGUUCCUGGUCGAUAUAACUACGAAGUCGGCCCUGCUGACCAGGCAAUUUCAUUUUUCAUGUCAAUAUUUGUUUUAUGGUUAUUGACUAUUGAUGAAGUAGAUUUUUGCUUUCAGUUCAUUCUUACUGUUAAGAAAGAAGGACAGGUUGUCUAUCAUCAAGUCUUGUCCUGUUAUGCGCAAAAUGUUGAAGGUCUAAAAUCAUGGAAAUGGUCCUUUCUAGCUGAUUAUGGCGAAUACGUUGGUCUCUACCCUCGCUCUUGGACUGUCUAUAGCUUUCCAGAACUGAAACUUGCCCUCGUUUGUAAACAAGUCUCACCUGUCAUCCCUGGCAACUACAAGGACAGUUGUCUGCCCUGUGGUGUAUUCCAGUGGAUUGCACUCAACUUUGACACUGAACGUGAAGUUGAGGUGUCAAUUACUAUGACAUGGAGAGGUGCUCGGGCGCCGAAGCAACCUGAUCCGCCGAACUCUGGCAAAGCUGGUGCUGUGUGUGCUGAAAUUGGUCAUCUGAGAAUAAAUAGGGGCGAUGAAUUCACUUUCCCCUUCGACGAUGCCGAUAACAAACUCUCGGGUUGUCUUCUUGAAACCAUGAUUGGUGACAUUCCAUGCUGUUUCGGUAUCGCAUCGAAGACAACCCAACAGGUUGAAGUUAGCCGUUGCCUUGGCUUUAGCUUCGGUGUUAAGAACGCCUCUGAUCUUAAACAAAAGAAUACGGGAGAAGAGCUCUGCAAAUCACCUUGGGGAGUCAGCGCACACCCAAUGGCCUCUAUCAACGACGCCUCCACAGCUGCCAAAAUGUGGACUGAUCUUGGUCGCAAUGGCCAUCUCUCUAACGAUAAUACUGGCUACUAUGUGGAAGGAAAGUCCAAAGGCCAGCCUUUAAUCGGUAUCGCCACAUGUGCCUCCUUCAAAAUGGGUAAAGCUUCUUCCAAUUCGAGUCCCUGUGAAGAGAAGUGUGAAUUCUAUCUCGUCUGGAAUAUGCCGAGGGUACACUUUGGAACGGCUAUCAUUGCCUACAAAAGGCGCUAUACCCGAUGGUUCACCGAGGAUACAGUUCGAGGCGCGUGUGAACUUCUGACCUACGCUUCAAAGAAUGUGAACAGCUGGAAUGAGGCCAUUGACUCCUGGCAGAAUCCAAUUCUUCAGGAUAGUGGUCUACCAGCCUGGUACAAGUCCUCAAUCUUCAACGAACUCUACUAUGUUGCUGAUGGAGGUACCGUUUGGUUGGACCCUCUCCCUAUCGACCAGUCCCCUGUGUCAGCAGCUGAUACAUCUAAUUCCACCGCGGAUACCACACCUGUACGUAAUGGACUCCCGGAUUCGGACGACGAGUUUCUCUCUCCGCUGGAUGAUGUCCGACGCAGAAAUCCCACUGUGAUUUUGCGUCGACCCACAGACUACCCGAUUAGUAUUGACUUUGAUGAAAAUGUGCAGGAGAGUGCAGAUGGAAGUGGUGAUAAUGCUGAUGUGAUUCAAAGUAGAAUUAAACUCGGAAAGGAGAUGGGAAUAUUUGGUUACCUUGAAGACAUCGCAGCUAGCGUGGACCGUCAGCCUAUGCAAGUUAUCUUCAAAGGUGUGAAUGACAAGAAGCGCGUGACCAACCUCUUCCUCUCUGUCCCUCAUGAUGCUGGAAACCCUGAAGCUGAGCCUUUCUACAGUGUAAAUGCCUAUGAUCUUCGAGCCACCGACGAGCGGAACGAUCUCAACAGCAAAUUCAUUCUCAUGGUUUGGCGAGAUUGGAAGAUCACUAAUAAUGAUGAUUAUCUCUUCUAUAUGCUUCCUCUUGUAUUG